AUGGCGGGUCGAUUCCAGCUUUUGCGUGUAUUGCCAUUUUCUUUCAGUUUGUGCCUCUUCUCUGAUACUGUAUCAGCUCAGCCGAGACAAAAUUAUUAUUCCAACAUUUGCCCAAAUGUGGAAUCCAUUGUUAGAAAUGCAGUCCAAAAGAAAAUUCAACAGACUUUUACCACUGUUCCUCCAACCGUCCGUCUCUUCUUCCAUGAUUGCUUUGUGCAGGGUUGUGAUGCUUCAGUUAUAAUUCAAUCCACUCCGACGAAUAAAGCAGAGAAGGACCACCCUGAUAAUCUAUCAUUGGCCGGCGAUGGAUUUGACACCGUGAUCAAGGCCAAAGGAGCCGUGCACGCCGUCCCCAGCUGCAGAAACAAGGUGUCGUGCGCAGAUAUUCUUGCAAUGGCAACAAGAGAUGUUAUUGCUGUGGUGAGUCCACAUAAUUUAUAG